UAUCGAGUAGUAACUGACCCGUGGAUCCCUCCUCUAAUCGGAUGCUCCUGAUUGGCCCGUGAGUGGUGUCUGCCCGACCCUUGCAUCAAUCGUUCCCCCAGCCGCCCCUCUUCGUUUUCCGGGCAGCUCUCCUCUUCCCCCUCUUUCAUUUCCCAGUUUCUCGUUCGGUCAGUUGUUAUUCUUAUUAUUCUUAUUACCAUCAUUACUCCCCAAGGCAUGCCCUCUGUCGCAAUCGACGGUCUAUCCGUCACCCAUGCCGCCAACCAAACAGGAUCGCCGCACCUCCGUCUGAUCCACUACAAUGACGUGUACCACGUGGAGGAAGGGUCCGCUGAACCCGUGGGCGGCGUAGCACGGUUCCAAUCCGUCAUCGACUACUAUCGACGCGACUCCUCCUUCGCCGAACAACCCGAUGUCCUGACCUUCUUCUCGGGCGAUGCCUACAAUCCCAGUUUGCAGAGUACGGUCACAAAAGGGCGGCACAUGGUGCCGUUUUUGAAUAAGGCGGGGACAGAUGUGGCCUGUGUUGGGAACCACGAUCUCGAUUUCGGCGUCGCCCAGUUCCGCCAUCUACGUACACAGUGUCGCUUUCCUUGGUUGCUGGCCAAUGUCUUGGAUCCGGCCUUGGGCAAGGAUGUGCCCAUUGGGAAUUGUGAGAAGACGUUGAUGCUGACGUCAUCGAAUGGGAUAAAGGUGGGUGUCAUCGGACUGGGUGAGAGGGAAUGGCUCGGAACCAUCAAUGCCCUCCCACCCAACCUCGUGUACAAGUCCGCCUACAAGACGGCCCUCGAGCUGGUCCCGCGCCUCCGCCAACAAGGCGCUGAACUGAUCGUGGCCGUCACCCACCAACGCGAACCAAAUGACUACAAGUUAGCCGAGAAGCUCCCAUCGGGUAUAAUCGACAUUAUUCUCGGGGGACAUGAUCAUUUUUAUGCCCAUGCUAUAGUCAACGGAACGCAUGUGCUCCGGUCAGGCACAGAUUUCAAGCAGCUCAGCUAUAUCGAGGCACGGCGGAAAGUGGAAGGCUCAGGAUGGGACUUCAAUAUUAUACGCCGGGAUAUAGUCCGGUCGAUCCCGGAGGACCCGGCAACGAUGACAAUGGUGGACCGGCUGACAUCCAGCCUGAAAGCGAAGUUGGAGAAGCCGAUUGGCUACACAUCACUUGCAUUGGAUGGUCGUUUUUCGACCGUACGUCAGAAGGAGUCGAACCUGGGCAACUUUGCCUGUGAUCUCAUGCGGUUCUACUACGGUGCCGACUGCGCGAUGAUGGCGGGUGGCACCAUCCGUGGCGAUCAGAUAUACCCACCGGGGAUCCUGCGCCUCAAAGACAUCCUCAACUGCUUCCCAUUUGAAGAUCCGGUCGUCUUGAUCCGACUGAAAGGCCGGGCGCUUUUUGAUGCCCUGGAAAAUGGUGUGAGCCAGCUUCCCGCACUUGAGGGACGGUUUCCGCAGGUGUCAAACAUCACUUACAGCUACAACCCAUCGGCGCCUUCGGGUUCCCGCGUCAAGUGGGCCAAGAUCGGUGGGGAGCCUAUUGAUUACAAUCGGCAGUACACCUUGGCAACCAGGGGAUAUAUGGCACGCGGGAAGGACGGGUUCGCAUCCCUACUGGUUGAGUCAGAGGGCGGCGAGGUCGGAGAAAUCGUGGAUGAAGAGAGCGGUAUUCUGAUCAGCACUCUUCUCCGCCAGUACUUUCUGAGUUUGAGGGUCUUGGGGAAAUGGCGGCGGUGGGGUCCAAGCAUGACGCGACACUGGAGCACGGUGCAUGACAACCUCCACUGCAAUGGAUGGCUGAAGCCGCCGUCAUCUGAAGGCUCACCAGUGUCAGAAAAGGUGCCCUAUAGGCCACCUCUGCCACGCUCGAAGCAGUACUUCUAUGGGCGCUUUUCUGAAAUUCCUACCAUCGACGGCGGAGGGGUGGGCGUGGAUCGGGAGAACGAGUCGAUGGACUCUGACUCGGACACCGACCCCGACAUCUUGACCUCUCCUCAGCCAACCACCAACUACGUCACCUUGCCGGCGCGGUCGGUCACGGAGGAGGAACGCCGUCUCCGCCUGGCGCGGAAAGCCACGCGGACGUGGAUGCACCGGGCUGGGUUACAGCCGUCGGCCAUCAACGACACCGACGAGGUGGGGGAGUUCACGCCAACGUGGACGCCGGGGAUUUCGCCUCGCUUAGAGGGGCGAAUCGUGAUUGAGACAUGAGAUAUUCUAACGAUGAAUGUGCGUCUGGUUGUACAUGACUUACGAUUUACGAUGCUUGACAGUUAGAGAUAGACAUGCAGUUUGGCUUUCCCUUGGCUCUUCAUUACAU